AUGCGCCGCGUCCUCCGGCUGCUCCUCGGCUGCUUCCUCACCGAGCUGUGCGCCCGCGUGUGCCGGGCGCAGGAGCGAGCGGGGCACGGGCAGCUGGCGCAACUGAGCAGCGUGGUCGUGCUGGCGGGGGACAACCGCUCCGGGGCCGCCUCCGGAGAGGCCGGUGAGGGCGCCGGGGUCUCGGACGCGCCCCCGACCCGGGCGCCCACGCCGGACUUCUGCCGGGGCUACUUCGAUGUUAUGGGCCAGUGGGACCCGCCGUUCAACUGCAGCUCGGGCGACUUCAUCUUCUGCUGCGGGACUUGUGGCUUCCGGUUCUGCUGCACGUUUAAGAAGCGGCGACUGAACCAGAGCACCUGCACCAACUACGACACGCCGCUCUGGCUCAACACCGGCAAGCCCCCCGCGCGCAAGGACGACCCCCUGCACGACCCUACCAAGGACAAGACCAACCUGAUCGUCUACAUCAUCUGCGGGGUGGUGGCCGUCAUGGUGCUGGUGGGCAUCUUCACCAAGCUGGGGCUGGAAAAAGCGCACCGGCCCCAAAGAGAGCACAUGUCCAGGGCCCUUGCGGAUGUCAUGAGGCCACAGGGCCAUUGCAACACUGACCACACGGAGAGAGACCUUAACAUUGUUGUUCACGUCCAGCAUUACGAGAACAUGGAAACGAGAACCCCCAUAAAUAAUCUUCAUGCCACCCAGAUGAACAAUGCGGUGCCCACCUCCCCUCUGCUCCAGCAGAUGGGCCAUCCACAUUCAUACCCCAAUCUGGGCCAGAUCUCUAACCCCUACGAACAGCAGCCACCGGGCAAAGAACUCAACAAGUACGCCUCCCUAAAGGCAGUCGGAAGUUCUGAUGGUGACUGGGCAGUGGCGACACUUAAGUCACCAAAAGCCGACAAGGUCAAUGAUGACUUCUACUCCAAGCGACGGCACCUGGCUGAGCUGGCAGCCAAGGGGAACCUACCUCUGCACCCUGUAAGAGUGGAGGACGAGCUUCCCCGCUUCAGCCCUGAGCAUGGUCCAGCCAAGCAGAAUGGACAGAAGUCUCGCACCAACAAGAUGCCCCCCCACCCCCUGGCCUACAACUCCACCACCAACUUUAAGGGCUGGGACCCCAAUGAGCAGUCUCUCCGGCGGCAGGCUUAUGGCAACAAGGGCAAGCUUGGGACGGCCGAAUCGAGCUCCAGUGACCCCUUGGGAACUCGCACCCAGCACUACCCACCCCCACAGCCAUACUUCAUCACCAACAGCAAAACAGAAGUGACUGUCUGA